AUGAGCAGCUCUGUCGCCGCAGACCGAGACCACGCCGCAGACCGAGACACCGCCACAGACCGAGACACCGCCGCAGACCGAGACACCGCCGCAGACCGAGACACCGCCGCAGACCGAGACACCGCCGCAGACCGAGACACCGCCGCAGACCGAGACAUCGCCGCAGACCGAGACAUCGCCGCAGACCGAGACACCGCCGCAGACCGAGACACCGCCGCAGACCGAGACACCGCCGCAGACCGAGACACCGCCGCAGACCGAGACACCGCCGCAGACCGAGACAUCGCCGCAGACCGAGACAUCGCCGCAGACCGAGACACCGCCGCAGACCGAGACAUCGCCGCAGACCGAGACAUCGCCGCAGACCGAGACAUCGCCGCAGACCGAGACACCGCCGCAGACCGAGACACCGCCGCAGACCGAGACACCGCCGCAGACCGAGACACCGCCGCAGACCGAGACAUCGCCGCAGACCGAGACACCGCCGCAGACCGAGACACCGCCGCAGACCGAGACAUUGCCGCAACGAGACACCGCGCAGACGAGACACCGCCGCAGAGACACGAGCGACAGACAGCCGCAGACCGCAGACCGAGACACGCCGCAGACCGAGACACGCCGCAGACCGAGACACCGCCGCAGACCGAGACACCGCCGCAGACCGAGACACCGCCGCAGACCGAGACACCGCCGCAGACCGAGACACCGCCGCAGACCGAGACACGCCGCAGACCGAGACACCGCCGCAGACCGAGACACCGCCGCAGACCGAGACACCGCCGCAGACCGAGACACCGCCGCAGACCGAGACCACGCCGCAGACCGAGACACCGCCGCAGACCGAGACACCGCCGCAGACCGAGACACUGCCGCGACCGAGACACCGCCGCAGACCGAGACCACGCCGCAGACCGAGACACUGCCGCAGACCGAGACACCGCCGCAGACCGAGACACCGCCGCAGACCGAGACAUCGCCGCAGACCGAGACCACGCCGCAGACCGAGACACCGCCGCAGACCGAGACCACGCCGCAGACCGAGACAACGCCGCAGACCGAGACACCGCCGCAGACCGAGACACCGCCGCAGACCGAGACAUCGCCGCAGACCGAGACCACGCCGCAGACCGAGACACCGCCGCAGACUAG